AGAUAGCUAUAUGAGGAUAAAAUAUGUUUCAAAUUUGUACACAUUUUUAUUUCAUUUUAAUGAAAAUGUUAUUUUAUAUUUGGUUUUUUCUGAUUUUUAUAAAUUUAAAAGAGUAUAAAAGCAUACUAUUAAAGGGUAAAAGAGCUCAAGAUGGUCAAUUUCCCUGGUUGAUACAGUUUCAAACAGUAGCACCAUGUGGUGGAGUACUUCUUUCACCAGAUUGGGUUUUAACCGCAGCUCAGUGUGUUCAUGACAAGAGAAAUUCUAUUACUUUAGUUGCAACUGGAUUAAAUGGAACUAAUUCUAAACAAACAUUACCUGUAAAAGCUACAUAUAUAUAUCCCACUUACAAAGCUUAUUCUAUUCUUCCCGAUCGAGAUCAUAAUAUAGCUCUUUUGAAGCUUAUCAAGCCAUUUGACAUGUGUCAUAAUAAAAUAAUUCUACCUAAUAUUAUGUCUGUCAGAUAUGAUGAUGACUACAAAUUGUGUUUGAUAUUUGGAUGGCAAAGUUAUGUUUCAUUGUUUUCAAAGGUCCUAGCUAAGCCAAUUCAAUAUUAUGAAGUAAUUCUUAAUUCCUGGAAAAUGUGUACAUAUAUGCUAAAAACAAAUAAAAAUUAUACAAAUGUAUUUUGUGCAAUGGUUGAGUUUAAGGAUGAAAUGAAAGCCUGUGCUGGUAAUCCAGGUUCUCCAGUUAUAUGUGAAAAUCAAAAUCAUGAAAUAGCUCUAGUUGGAAUCGCAUCAUGGACAAAUUUUUCUUUAGACUGUGGAGAUCUUCCAACAUAUAUUGACCUUGGUGCAUUCAGAAUAUGGAUGAAUAACUUAGUUUUUAAUAACAAAGACACAGAAGAAUGGAAAAAUAAUAGUAAAUUAAGUGAAAAACAAUGUAUAUUUAAAGGAAACACUAAUGUACAUAGUUGCUUAUGGAAUCAUUCAGAUCUUUUACAAUUAGACACAGAAGAAAUAAAUUAUUGGCCAAGCAAAAAAGUGCAUUUACAUAAUAUAUCUGAAAUAAUACAACAUGAGGAAAUACCUACAGAAACUAUGAAUACAACUUACUUUUGGAUCAAAUUACAUCAGUCUGUUUCUAAAAAUCAUAAUAAAAAUGCAUCUUUCUUUGAUGGCUACUAUGAAACAUCUUACACAAAUACAACAAAAAAACCAAGUAACAAUAUUUAUACAUAUAAAGAAAUUGGAAGUUUUCAAAAUAACAAUCAAAUUGUAGGAAAUUUGCAAAAACAAAUUAAUGCUAAAAAUAAAUCAUUAUUAUACAAUAGGCCACAAAUUCAUGAAGUUGUAAUAAAGCAAAACGAGGAUCAAAUAGAAAUAGACGAUUUUGAGUUAUUGCCAUUUAGUUUUGAAAACAUAAAUGCUUCUUAUUCUAAUAUUGUUGUAGCAUAUCCAAAGAGACUAUACUUAUUUUUUCAUUUUGUAUUUUGGAAUCUUUACAUUCUUAUUUAUACAUAA